UAAUUGAUCAUUAUAAAUAAUACAUACGAGAUAUAGAAUGCAAGCUAGAAGUGUAUAGGGUUUUAAGGGUUCCCGGUUAACAAUCGCAAAAAAAUGAAAACAACGGGUGAGCAGAGGGAAGAAGAAAGAAGACGACUGGAGGAGUUGGUCGAAAGCAAUCCCGAUGACUCAUCCCUUCAUUUUCAGCUUGGAGUAUGCUUGUGGGAAACACGAACAGAGAAAGAGAAAGAGAAAGAGAAAGAGAAAGAGAAAGCGGCAGAGCAGUGGGUGAUUUCCGUUAAACAAAACCCUAAAAACGCAGCUGCCUUCACAUACUUGGGCCACUACUAUGCCACUGAUUUGGUCGAUAUCCCAAGGGCUAUCAAAUGUUACCAGCGAGCUCUAUCACUUCAACCCGAUGAUUCCGAUGCUGCGGAAGCUUUGUGUGAUUUGUUGGACAGACAAGGGAAGGAGACCUUGGAGCUUGCAAUUUGCAAAGAUGCUUCUCACAACUCUCCCAGGGCUUUCUGGGCUUUCCGCCGAUUGGGUUUUCUCCAGGUUCAUCAAAAGCAAUGGCCUGAAGCUGUACAAAGUCUUCAACAUGCCAUUCGCGGCUAUCCCACUUCUCCUGACUUGUGGGAAGCUCUUGGUCUUGCCUACCACCGACUUGGCAUGUUUACUGCCGCUAUUAAGUCCUAUUCGCGAGCUAUUGAAUUGGAGGAUACAAGAGUCUUUGCACUGAUUGAAUGUGGAAACAUCUUUUUGAUGCUUGGUUCCUUUAGAAAGGGAAUUGAGCAAUUUCAGCAAGCACUUAAGAUCUCACCACAUAAUAUGUCUGCACUCUAUGGACUUGCUUCUGGGCUGCUUGGUAUGUCAAAAGAAUGUAGAAACUCAGGAGCAUUUAGAUGGGCAGCUUCAUUAUUAGAGGAUGCAUGUAAAGUUGCAGAAGCAAGCAUCCAAGCAGCUGGAAAUUCAUCAUGUACAUGGAAGUUACAUGGUGAUAUUCUGCUUACAUAUGCACAAGUUUUUCCAUGGACGGGGGAGAGCCAAACUUCAGAAUAUAAUGCAGAAGCUUUCAAGAAGUCCAUAUAUUCAUGGAAGAAUACCUGCCGUUUGGCUGCUAUUUCUGCCAGAAACUCAUAUCAACAAGCUUUGCACUUAGCCCCAUGGCAGGCUAACAUCUAUGUCGACAUUGCAAUUAGUUCUAAUCUAAUUUCUUCUUUCAAUGAGGAUUACACACUUGAUAAUACUUGGAAGUUACCAGAGAAGUUGACAUUGGGGGCUUUAGCACUAGAGGGUGAGAAUUUUGAGUUCUGGGUGGCUUUGAGCUGUUUGUCCGAGUGCAAUGCAUUGAGACAGCAUGCUUUAAUCAGGGGACUGCAGUUGGAUGUGUCUUUAGCUAAUGCUUGGGCAUAUCUUGGAAAGCUUUAUAGCGAAGAGAAUAAGAAAUUGGCUACGCAAGCAUUUGACUCUGCUAGAGGUAUAGAUCCAUCAUUGCCAUUGCCGUGGGCUGGCAUGUCAGUUGAUACUCAAACUGGGGAUUCAACACCAGAUGAUGCUUUUGAGAGUUGCCUACGUGCUGUGGAGAUAUUGCCGCUUGCAGAGUUUCAAAUUGGACUUGCUAAACUUUCUUUGCUUUCAGGGAACCUUUCAUCGUCCCAGGUAUUUGCAGCUAUGCAGCAGGCUGUUCAACGUGCACCACAUUACAGUGAAUCCCAUAAUUUAAAUGGGCUAGUUCAUGAGGCACAUUUGAAUUUUCAAGCUGCCAUUGCUUCUUAUAGGCUAGCUCGCUAUGCCAUCAAGGUGUCUUCAGGCACUGUCCUCAAGUCUCAUUUGAAAGACGUAUCUACUAAUUUGGCUAGAUCACUUAUAAAGGCAGGGAAUGCUGCUGGUGCUGUGCAAGAAUGUGAAGACUUGGACAAAGAAGGUAUGCUUGAUGCUGAAGGUUUGCAAAUAUAUGCUUUCUCGUUAUGGCGACUGGGUGAUCAUGACUCUGCCAUCUCUGUGACUAGAACCCUAGCUGCCGGCGUUUCUAGCAUGGACAGGAUAUCUGCAGCUGUGUCUGUUAGUUUCAUUUGUAGAUUGCUGUACUACAUUUCUGGACUUGAUGUAGCAAUUGGUAGCAUUCUGAAAAUGCCAAAGGAACUCUUUAGAAGUUCAAAAAUAAGCUUUAUUGUCUCUGCCAUUAAUGCGCUGGAUCAGAAUAAUAGGCUGGAAUCCAUUAUUUCAAGCAGUCGUUCCUUUCUUGCAUCACAAGAGGAUAUCACCAGAAUGCACUAUCUAAUAGCACUUAGCAAACUAAUUAAAAAUGGGACAAAGGAUCACAUUGGGUUUCAGAGUGGAAUCAGUCAUCUUAGAAAAGCUCUUCACAUGUACCCUAACAGUAAUUUAAUAAGGAAUCUACUUGGUUAUCUUUUGCUAGGCAGUGAAGUGUGGGGAAAUAGUCAUCUGUCAAGUAGAUGUUCCAUCAUCGAUGCUUCUGACUCUAAGAAAAAAGAGGGCUUAAAGUCUGGCUGGGAGAUUUUCAGUGCCGGGGCAGUUGCUUGCCAUGCAAUCGGCAAUAGUGAACCGAGGUUCUCUUUCCCAACAUGUGGCUGUCAAUGCUCGGGUUCUGGAGCUGUGCAAGAACUACAAAAGUGCUUACGCAGAGAGCCAUGGAACCAUAAUGCACGAUACUUGCUUGUUCUUAAUCUUUUACAGAAAGCACGGGAAGAGAGAUUUCCUGUAAACAUUUGUAUUGUUCUUGAGCGCCUCAUAAGUGUGGCUCUUUUUGAUGAGUUCUAUUCCGGAAAAGAAGCCCCUUCUCAAUAUCAAAAGUUUCAGCUUUUUUUAUGUGCUUCUGAGAUUCUUUUGCAAAGUGGGAAUAUAAUGGGCUGUAUUGACCAGGCAAAAGAUGCUUCAGCACUUCUUCUUCCAGAUAGCUACCAGUUUUUUGGACACUUACUAUUAUGUCGUGCCUAUGCUGCUGAAGGAAAUUUAAAAAAUUCUAAAGAAGAAUAUCAAAGGUGCUUGGAGCUUAAGACAGAUUUUCAUGUUGGUUGGUUAUGCCUAAAAGUAAUGGAAUCUCAAUAUCAAGAGCAAACUCUUUCAAAUAUUUUUGAUUUAGCCUUCGAGGAAGGCUCAAAAGGGAGGAAUGAUUCAUGGAAUAUGUGGAUGGCUGUAUAUAGUUUAGUGAUGGGUAUGAUAUGUAUAUGGAAUCAGGAUUUUCUUUCCGCAGAGGAAUUUCUGGGUCAACCUUGUUCGUUAACCAGUGCUGAAAGCUGCAUUUUCCUUUGUCAUGGUGUCACUUCUAUGGAGAUUGCUAAGAGGUGUAAUGAUUCAGAAUCUUUAUCCAAUGCCAUAAGGAGUCUCAGUAAAGUUCAACAGACUUCAUCGGUCCCAAUACCCAUUGUCUCAGCAUUGUUAGCCCAAGCAGAAGGAAGCAUUGGAUCCAGGAAAAAAUGGGAGAGAAACCUUCGCCUUGAAUGGUUUUCUUGGCCACCAGAAAUGAGACCGGCAGAACUUUUCUUUCAAAUGCAUUUACUUGCGAGACGGGUUGAAUCUGAGUCUGACAGUUCAUCCAGGGUGGAGUGCUGCCAAAGUCCCCUGCAAUGGGUUCUUCAAGCCAUCCACACAAACCCUUCUGACUCGAGAUAUUGGAAAGUUUUGCCCAAGCUUCUGUAACAACAGGGACUCAAUUCUGCAAAUUGAACAAUAUGCAAAACUUUCAAGAUCGUGUUUUGUUUAUACAGAUUACAGAAUGAAUGCCAAGUAGGACUUGUUCUUCAUCUUAAACUUGGAUUUUGUGGA